GGCAACCAUACAUUUUUGUCAACCGCGAGCUUGCAAGUAUUGUUAUGUUUUAGCGGUUAUGGCCGAAUAACUUUUGAAAGUUUUAAUUACGCCGAUUUAUAUUUAAUGUAUCACAUAAGUUAUUAACAUGAAUUCCGAAAACGUUGUGCUGAAUUUGAAUGACAACACUUUGUGGGCACCCUAUAAGAAAUUGUAUUGUAUUUGUUAUAAUGCUAUUAUACAAAAAGAUGUCUCGACUAUACAAGAAUUUGAAACUGUUCUGAAAAAAUACAAGCCUGAUUUACUGUGUCUUUUAAGAAACCCUCCUAAGAGUCCUAUCCAUAGAGAAGCUGUAAAACAAGCUUCUACAAAUGGUAUUGCUGUGGUGGGCCGCCCUGUGCUUCAGAUCCUACCCCAGUCUCUUAUCGACGAGGCUCUCAUCAUUAGUGAUAUGUUUGAUUUAAAUGAAGUAACAUCUCUUGAAUUACUAAUAUCAGGUCAGCAUCAGCAGCCUCGUUUUCCUGGAUUAACGAGAGGCCUAGUAGCGAUGCUGCUGUACUAUGAUGGAAGAAGAAACCUGGUCAAUACUCUUCAGCUUCUGGUCGAAGCACGUGAAGGCAGAACUUGGACUCAUGGCAUCAGCUUUGAAUUGUCUUCCAUCAUAACUAAUUUCACAAAUCAACUGAAAGAAGAUGGUAUCUUUAUGAAAAUUAUGGAUCUUAUAGAAAAUUAUGAUACCACAAAAGAACUCGAGCUUUUACACCGUAAUCGUGCUUUAGGGGGACCUAGAUAUCGUAAACAGGUGACAGAUUUAAUCAAUGAGAUCAAGCUGACCCUCUCAGAGAUUGUUUUUGGAUGGUCUUGCCAAGGAUCCUUGACGAAGGACGAAAUUUUGCGAGUCUUGGCAUAUUUAUCAAAGCAAGCUGGUGUUUCAAGCGAUGGAUCCCUCGAUAAACCCACGCUAUUCAUAGCGAUGGCAUUUCUAUAUAUCAUUGAUGUUAGCUGUUUGCAAAAUUGUGAUGAAGCUGAUGGAAUCAUUCAGAAGUUAAAUUUAUUCAGCAUUCCUGAUAUAGGAUCUACAAUUCAUAAGUUGUUAGUUUUAAAUCAAGAUAAAUGGAAAGUUCCAGAACUAAAAUCUGUUCUUCUCUUCGCCUGGGGUGUUACUCUUACAACCUUAUCACGAUUCUCUGCAAACCUUCAAGCAUUCAAUGUGGAUGACUGUACAGAUGAUGACGAGAAAACUAUUGAUCUUGCUAUAGAUCAAAACGCAUUUUUGUCCCUGAGGAGUCUCAUAGUGAAAAAUUCUACUUUUCAUAACCAGGAAUUCUUCUUGAAACGUGUCCAUAGCAUUGUCACAGAUUUUAUUGUAUUGAUGCCUUUAAAGGUGAAAGAGCUACGAAAUAGAGGGGAUGAAACAGCUCGCAUCAUAGAAUCACAUUUCAGGGAAGGAUUAGAGCCUCCAUCCAAUUUACCUCUGCACUUUGAACACUUAUUAAACCUGAUAUCAGAUUUGUAUUUAAAAGAUCCCCUUAAUUUAGAAUUAGCUGCAGAUUUUUGGUGUCCAUCUGAUAGCUUAUCAGAAUUAUCAUAUUACAAUAGACCGUCUCAUAGACAGAUUGCCUUAUUUAAAUUUAUUCACAUUGCUGGAGAUUUAUUACCUGCUCCACUCUUCAUACCUUUUCAUGAAAUGCUGAGGAGUAUAUCAAAUUCUCCUAGAUGUGCCCACAACUGCUUCACGAUGCUAAAAAUGAAUUGCAAAAAUGGCAAUCAAAAUAUUGUUUCCUGGGAUCAUUUCUUUUCCACCUUACAUCGUUAUUACAGUAGCUUACACGAAGAAGUACCAUCUGCAUUCGAUCGUCAGCGCACCUACCCACAAAGAAUGCAUGCUAAGGUCAUCACACCGCUGGAAUUGGAUGGUUUGAUCUCUGUGUUGAAGCUUAUUUCUCAAAUAGUUAAAUUGGAUGAAAUUGCACGAAUUACUCUGUCUGAAAACACCCAUUAUGUACCUACAGUUGUUAUUCUGGGACUGAUAACUUGUAGCGUUCCAGCUUCUUUAAAAGCGGCUCUUUUGAAUUGUAUGGCUGCAUUUGCUACCUCUCCUGACAUUUCUCUUAAUAUCUGGCAAGGAUUAGAAAUGGCACAGGUUAUACCAACUGUGAAGUCAGUAGCUGUUUAUCAUCCGUCUGGAAUUUUGAUGGAGUUGGAAGAGGUGGAAACACGUAUGGAAGAAUAUCCUGUUACAAGGGGAAUGUUGACUUUAUUAGAUUCUUUGCUGAAUCACCCCUUCCCAAACAAUCUAGGUCAUGCCACACGCCAUCCAGGAAUUGAACCAUACCUUGAAUUUGUUCUUGACUGCGUCUUAUUGAAAUGUAAUAGCCGGGCAUAUAAAAACCCUGGGGAAAAGUGGAAAAUAAUGGCUCUCUGUUAUAAAAUAUUGGAGAAGGUUAUGAAAAGUUACCAGUUUGAUAAUAUUGAUAGCAAGUCAAGUAUUUUACUGUUCUCCAAAAUGUUACAAGACAGUGGACUUUUAAGGGUGGUUUUAUUUACAUUGGAUGAAGGAAUGAGAAUUCUAGAUCAAUAUGCUCCAACACCAGGUCAAUCUGAUUUGGAAGAAUGUGCUCUUCUAUCAUUGAAGCUUAUGCAUGCAACACUUUCAAAACAGGGAGCUUUUCUGCAGUGGAUUCGAGAUGCUGGUUGCGACCUCAUUGUAACACCUUUUGAAAAUUUACUCUUAAACAUUAACCCAAGAAGUGGACAAGCUGAUCAUCUCUUAGUGAUUGCCAAAUAUGUUACAUACAAUGCUUCAUUACCUCAACAUAGUCUCUUUGCUAUAAGUAUUAUUCAAGCUUUAUGCUCUUCUCUCAAUAUAUCAAAACAUUUUGUAGGAGUUUUAGAUGGCGACGCUAAUGAAAGUGAUAUAUUACUCAAAGGUUUCGUAGAAGUUGUUGAAGUGGAUGCUGCUGAAGAAAAUGAAGAUGGAGUUAAAGAUAUUCAAGCCAGGAGCAAAGCUCGUCAACAAUUAUUACAGUUGCUUUUAAAGUGUUUGAGACAACCUGGAACGAAUAUUUCCCACUACUUGCUGGGCUUCAAUUUACGUAAACCAGUUUCUCAAACUGAAAUACAAGAUCCUGGAGUGAUGGGAUCCAAACGAACAUGUUUUCAUGCUGUUUUAUCUUUUCUGGACUGUGGUAGUUAUUCAAAUGCCUAUCCCUCUAACAUUCAAAAAGCUCCCCUGGCUACGGAAUUAGCCUAUCAGCUUAUUUACGUACUUUGUACCAACAGUGAUACUUCUGGUCCAACUUUACGAUAUUUACGAUCUACUCAUGACUUUAUGUAUCGCCAUCUGCAAUUUUUACCUUUUAAAUGCACAGGUUCUUCUUCUGAAAAAAUUUUGCGUCAACAAUCUUGGUUAUUGCGAUCUCUGGCUGUGGAAUUGAGAGUCAUUUCUGCUCAUCACCAGCGCUCUCACGUCCAGAGGCUCUUAAGUGGACUUAUUGAUGAUAAACCUCCUAUUGACAGCGGUAAUCUUGAUGCGACUUUUGAACAACCUUUAAGUGUUUCUGUGUCCUCUUAUUCUUUCAUGAAAUCUGCUUCUGGCACCUAUAGAAGAAAAUUGAUGCAAAUUCUUGAUGGCAUUGAAUUUGAACACUCUUUACCUUCGAUGCCCCAUUGGGAGUAUUUUGAGAACGAAGAGAUUAUUCGUGUUCUGAAAGAAUGUGAAAUUCAGGAGGGUUUGAUUGACAUUCAAGAACUGCAUAAAAGGUUGUCUGAGGAAACUGUUGGCUUACAAAACGUUCUAAGGCCAGUUAUGUUACAGGAGAUAGCCAAGGUGUUAGAAUAUGCUGUUGAGUGCAAUGAAGCACGUGAGAUUAUUCUUGCAAAAAGAAUGUCGUUUGAAGGCUGGCGUCAGGUGACUGAGGUGUUACUUAUAGCUUGCCCUUUGGAUAUUCUAGGAAGUGAAAAGAAGGAUCAAAUGGUGCUGGAAAUAUCGCAAGAACUUUUAUCAAAAGUGAUGUCACCAGAAAUACUAGCUGAAUUAAUGCCCCCUGCCUCUAGUGUUAUUUUAACUUUAAUGUCCACUCUUCGAAACAGCAUGAUUACAUCUUUGAUGAAACCACACACAGAAUCUCUUGCUGAAUCACCUCUAAUCCCUGUUGCACAUCAUUCAUCCUUGCUUGCAGUUUUGAGGGCAGUUGUGGACUGUUUGAUGAAAACUGGUAUUGGUUUUCAGAGAGUUAGAGCCAAUUUCUAUACUGCUUUUCUCAAUCUGUUGUGCAUUGUUCAUAAGCCUUAUGAUAUGCAAACUGAUAAACCCAGUGAUGUUGGUUAUGCUGUCCUUGAUCAAAGCUCAGAGACUAAGAAAUUGAGAACAGAAUACAUGGAUGUUAUUCUCAGCUUUGGUGAAACUAUCAUGGAAAUUGUUUGUAGAGAUGCUUGCACUGGUCAUGAUAUUACUAAGAUGCUUGCUAUGGCUGUUCUAGAUGUUGCUCUGUCCUUGAACACUCAACAACAAUGGCUAGCAUUCCUGGUAUCCAAAGGCUAUCUAAGACAUAUCCUUGACAGCUUGUCCAAAGAUGAUGAAGAAUUACAGAAUCUUUUUAACAAAAAUUCGAAUUCAUUCAGAAUUUUCUAUGUCUUUGAAUCAAAGAUUGCUCUGUUGACUCGAAUUGCUUGUUCGACCAGUGGUGCCUUAGCAUUAUUACGAAAUGGUGCCAUUCACAGAAUGGCUGAGUGUAGAGCUUUAGAUUUAAGGCCUGAUGCAUAUAAUGAAUACAAACAGGACAGCAAAAGCUGGAUUUCUCCAGAUUUAAUGAAAUGCUACAGUCAAAUAUUUAUGGCAAUCAUGAAGUUGAUAUUGUCAAUAGCUAUGACUCUGGGUUCUUCACAUCGGGAAGCAUCUUUGCAGCUUUUAGAAUUUGUUGUUUGCAAUGGAGAACUUUUUUCUCAUGUUAUACGAGAUCCAUCUAAUUUAUACAGCCUUGAAGCAUUGCAAGAACUCAGCAUUAUUUCAGCUGUUUUAUCUCGAGCCAGCUUUGAUGAUAUUAAUGCUGGUGGUCGAACUUUUGCAAGCGACCAAAGAGGUCACCUUCUUCUCCUUAGGCAACACAUGCUAAUGCUGAUUCCUCGAUUGAUGGCUGUCGACAGCAGAGCAUCACACUCAUCACAUCUCAGUCCAGAAAUAUUAGCUCUAAUGAAAUUAAGCAGGCUGCAAAUUGCAUACCAUAUUUUGGGUUCUUGUUCUAGCAUAAUGACUAAAUCAGGAACUGAUCCAAAAAAUUCAACUAUAAUCUUUGGACCCUUCGUUGGUGAAGCGUUAACAGUUGAUUCAUUUAAUAUGUUGUCAACAGGUUUCCAAAAAAGAAGUGGCCCCGAUUUGGGUCUUCUUAUAAGACUUUUGUACCAGUCUGCAACUGAACUCCAAAUCAGCACUGGUGAACAAAAACUAAUUCAUCAUAGGCUUCAAUCUAUAGCUACUCUAACAAGUGAUGAACUUAGUGAGUACUUGCCAUCAUUUGUUAUUGAAGAGCAACCAACCAUUCAACUUCAACGAGAACUGGCCAAGUCUUCUCUUCAAAAGUUGAUAGAACUUAAAUCAAAGGAAAUAUCUGUCUUAUCGUAUAUAAUUGAAACUUCUGCUUUUCUUCUUUUGAGACAUUUAGAAUACUAUUUCUUUGCUUUUAAAAAAGAAAGCAAUUCUUUCACAGCUUCCAGCAAGCCACUACAACAGAUUCGCCGUCUACAAGAUGUUGAAGGAAGUGCUGGUGAUAAUUUUGUAGAAAAGUUUACAGAUGUCUUUCAAUCUCUCCCCUCUCACUUUGAUUUUGACAGUUUCAAAAACGAUGUCCAAACAACACUCGGGGAGCCUUUCUUCCGAAAAUUAAAACCAGCUGAACAGUAUUUAAAUGAAGAUCGAAGAAGCCAAACCAGCUUUUUAGAAGCUAUUGUUAAUCGCCUGAAGAGACUUGUGAGAAUUCAGAUUAGGUGAAAAUGGACUAGUUUUUGAAUUUUAGUGAUCUAUUAACAUGAUUCUUUCUACUGUACAGCAUUUUCAAACAUUAAAACAGAUGUUGCCUCUUUUUUUAGUAUAAAAUAAAUAUUUUUUAACAUUA